AACCAUAGAGUAAAACAUCCAUCCAUGGCGGAUCUCGUCGCUGUCAAGACUUUUAUUUAAUUCUGUUUCAAUUAUGAAGCACCUUCAAUGAUUUUGAGUGGGCUUAUAGUGUGGAAGUGAUCGUGCGGUGGCGCGGCGCGGUGCCGGCGAUCCGGUUGUGUCAGCGCCAUGUUCAGCGGAACUGUGCGCGUCAAGGUGUGUGAGGCCACGGGCCUCAGGCCGACUGACUUUCAGAAACGGCACAACAUGACCUUCGGGAAACCAGACGACCAGCCGAUAGACCCGUACGUGUCGAUCGACGCGGACGAGCACCACCUGGACCGCUCCACCACCAAGCCCAAGACCUUCGACCCCGUGUGGAACGAGACCUUCAUCCACGAAGUGCAGAACGUCGCCAGCUUGGGGAUCACUGUAUUUCACGAUGCCGCCAUACCUCCGGACGAUUUUGUUGCAAACUGCACAAUUCCAUUUGAAGAUUUAACUCAUCGUGAUAAAGACGCCACAGACUUUUGGGUGGAUCUAGAACCUCAAGGAAAACUGCAUCUUAAAAUAGAUCUGAAAUGGAAUUCUCAAGGCUCGGGCGGCGGCGGCGAGGCGGCGCGGGCGCCGGCGGGCGCGGGCGCGCGGGGGCGGGAGUUCAAGGAGGGCGCCGGCUUCGCGCGCCGGCGCGGAGCCAUGCGGCGCCGCGUGCACCAGGUCAACGGACACAAGUUCAUGGCCACCUUCCUGCGCCAGCCCACCUUCUGCUCCCACUGCCGCGAGUUCAUCUGGGGACUCGGAAAACAAGGAUAUCAAUGCCAAGUGUGCACCUGCGUGGUCCACAAGCGCUGCCACUCGUCCGUCGUCACCAAGUGUCCCGGGAUGAAGGAAGAGCAACACAGUGCUGUGGGCGUGUCCGGAGGCCAACGGUUCAGUGUCAACGUCCCGCACCGCUUCGUGGUGCACUCCUACAAGCGGUUCACAUUCUGCGACCACUGCGGCUCUCUGCUCUAUGGCCUCAUCAAGCAGGGGCUGCAGUGUGAAGUGUGCUCGAUGAACGUGCACAAACGGUGCCAGAAGAACGUGGCUAACAACUGCGGCAUCAACACCAAGGCUAUGGCUGAAAUCCUCUCCGAGAUGGGCAUCUCCCCGGACAAGAACCCGCGCCCUAGGACCUCCAAGUACAACCCCGUGCUGAUGGAGGGCGGCGGCGACGCGGGGGCCGACGCGGACAAGGAGCCGCUCGACAAGCACGACGACAAGGUGCUGGACCUGCUCAUGUCAUCGCCGUACGACUUCGUACCCCCUUCGUACGACUUCGUACCCCUUUACGGCGAGUACAUACCGUCGGCGCCGUUCGGCGGUGGCGACCAUUGGGACGACCUGAAAGACAUAUUUACGUGCUACGAAGGUGGCGACACGGCGGGUGCGCGCGAUAAAGUGUCGUUGGACGACUUCACGUUCAUCAAGGUGCUGGGCAAAGGUUCCUUCGGCAAGGUCAUGCUCGCCGAGAAGAAGGGCACCGAUGAGGUGUACGCAGUGAAAGUGUUAAAGAAGGACGCCAUCAUCCAAGACGACGACGUGGAGUGCACGCUGACGGAGCGCCGCGUGCUGGCGCUGGCCGCGCGCCACCCCUUCCUCACCGCGCUGCACUGCGCCUUCCAGACCAGGGACCGACUGUUCUUCGUCAUGGAGUACGUCGACGGCGGGGACCUCAUGUUCCAGAUACAGCGCGCGAGGAAGUUCGACGAACCGAGAGCGAGGUUCUACGCGGCCGAAGUGACCCUGGCCCUACAGUUCCUUCACGCGCACGGAGUUAUCUACCGCGACCUGAAGCUCGAUAACAUAUUACUAGACGCAGACGGGCACUGCAAACUCGCAGACUUCGGCAUGUGCAAGGAGGGCAUACUAGAUGGAGCGACUACUACGACCUUUUGUGGUACUCCAGACUACAUAGCCCCUGAGAUCCUGCAAGAGCUGGAAUACGGUCCGUCGGUGGACUGGUGGGCGCUCGGCGUGCUACUGUACGAGAUGUUGGCCGGCCAGCCGCCUUUCGAGGCCGACAACGAGGACGACCUCUUCGAGUCCAUCCUGCACGACGACGUGCUGUACCCCGUCUGGCUGUCCAAGGACGCCGUGUCCAUCCUCAAGGGCUUCAUGACGAAGAACUCUGCGCGACGGCUGGGCGUGGCGGGCGGCGUGGGCGGGAUCCGCGCGCACGCCUUCUUCAAGGACAUGGACUGGGACGCGCUGCAGCAGCGCCGCCUGCGUCCACCCUUCCGACCCAAGAAAAGCAAGCGCGAGGCGGUGAACUUCGACGCGGAGUUCACGAAGGAGGAGCCCGUGCUCACGCCCGUGCCGCCCGACGUCGUGCGCACCAUCAACCAGGAGGAGUUCCGCGGCUUCUCGUUCGUGAACUCGGACUUCACGCCGACGCCGGCGCCGGCGCUCGCGGCCGCCAACUGACUCGCGCGUGUCCCGGUGCAGCGGCCACCGCGGCCACCGUGGCGGUGCACUCUCUAGCCACGGCCGGUACAGUGCGGACUUGCGGAGCGGCCCUGCACCGACGCCGCCGAGUUCCAACAUUGAACUUGCCUUAUCUCUGCAUUCUCGCAUUAUUGUUUUGGUCGUAAGGUUUUCGGCCGGUCCUAGACUCCGCCUAACUUUGCGGCGUCUCGAAUAGGACAGUGAGGGAGUGUCGUAAACGGCGUAUUUUCAUACAUUAAUGAUGACACUGCCACGCUUUGUCGUUGCAAAUGUCUGGCUGUUGGGGAAAGUGGUGCGUCUGCACCGUGCUGCUGUAGAAUAAAGCGAUACGAUAUCUCCUACUGUCUGUCUACGCUGAGUUUGCGGCGACCCGUGACGUGCUCGCGCCAUAAUUGACGUAGCGGCUGAAAACUUAGCGCGGUUGGAGUGUUACAAAAACGGCACUUUUUAUGAAUUGUCAAGUAUAGUGUAGAUAGUAUACGACUCGCAGUGAUCACUUUUAUGACCGUUCGUAUUUAUAAAUUACUGAACCGUACCGUCGGUCGCGUUGUCCGCAUCGUCUUGUCCUAGAAUACUGCACUUCUUUUUUCAAAGGCCUCAAAGGAGAAUUGACAGUAUAUUGACAGAGAUGGUGGCUUUCUCUAAUAAUGUUCCUUUCUGUAUCUACUAAUUCGUAUACGGAAUGAAAGUAAAAACAUUUUUUACUUGUAAUUAAAUUUUGUUAUUGUUGUUGACCUCUGCGUACGUAAAUUAAAGUUACAAGGGAUUAUUAUAGUAUACGCGGUGAUAUUCGACUGUUCUGUAUUAAUUGCAUAGUAUUUUAUGUACGCAUAUUCAUAUUAGUGGUGACCGCGAGUGUUAAGUUUCUUUAAGAGAGAUAGAGAUAUCGUAGCUUCGAUGUUUGAACGUUGCGGUAUAGUUCCAGGCCGGUUCUUAUGAAAUUCUGUCCACACAUACGAGCCAGCGAUCACAUAUGCAGCGGCGGCCGGCGGCAGCAAGUUGCUCUUCUCUAUUAAGUUUGAAUAGCUAUGUUGUAUUAUACUUUUAUAAGCAAAUCGUCAUAAUUUUGUAAUGGCAAAGCGACGCGUCUAAGUUAACGGCACAAAGCAAUUUAAUCACUAUUUAGAUGCAAUUUGUUUUAUCGUAUGGCGUUACAGUUACUGGUUUUAAAUUGAAUAUUCUAAAGAUUGAUGUUAGCACUCUUUGCCGAUGCAAUACUGAUCGCAUUUAUCUUAUGGAGGUAAAAUUCAACAUAGUUCUUUAAACCGUGCGCUUCAGUUUUUAGCGCGUUAUUGUAAAUUUGGAAGAUAGGCUUUUGACCUUGCCGGCUGCCGCGAGUACACUUAAGGGCAAAAAUUUAUACAUUUAUUUACCUUAAUACAUGAAUGUAAAGGUGUAAACGUGUAUGACCUUGAUUGUACGCACACAAAUCCCGGCGGGAUCGCCGGCCACAGAUUAUAUAUAAAUGGAAAAGAGUUAGAGCAAUUAUUUAUCGUUGUAAAUAUUGAAGAUUUAAUAUUCGGGUGUAAAGCGGAGGCGGAAUCAGUAAACCCCACGCGUCACCGGCGCGAAGAAGCGUAUAUUAUAGGCACAUGAGUAACAGCGGCAGAACCUACUGUUUGCUUGUCUACUCAGACAUUACCACGUUUAGCGUAAAAAGAACAUCCUCAACAAAUUAAUUUAAAUGAAUGAGUUUUCAUUGUGGUAGAAAGUUCAAUUGUUUGACAGAUUUUUGUGUGGAUGCUUUUUCCUAAACGUCCAAUAGGAAGUUGAGAAUAUACAUGCGUCUCAUAUUUUUGUUUUGUUGGUCUGUCCGUGAGCCAAGGGACAACAGUUGAUUUCUUAAAAAUAAAACGUUGUCCACAUCAUCUUGUCCUCUAAUACUGCACUUCUUUUUUAUUCAAAGGGCUCAAAGGAGAAUUGACAGUAUAUUGACAGAGAUGGUGGCUUUCCAAUAAUGUUCCUUUCUGUAUCUAUUAAUUCGUAUACGGAAUGAAAGAAAAAACAUUUUUUACUUGCAAUUAGAUUUUGUAUCUCCUCGGAUUUCACGGGCCUAUAAAUCCCGGUCUUUGAAUAGGCUUGCGUGGGGAUAUAGAUCCAACACGUAGAGGCCCCUUGGAGAGCUUUAAUGUCAUGUAGAACGCCUGCUGGAACCCGUUCACAGGUGCAACAAUAGACACCCAUGAACCAAUCGCAGCAGGCAUUGGGACUAUUGUAGAAAAAGUGAACAGUAUACCGGUCUAUGGAUUGAAGUUUGGGUGGAUAAUGAGACUGGGCUAUUGAAAAGAAGUCCAGACACCUGCCAUAACAAUGCUAACACACGUUAUCGAGGCAGGUGGUGACUUGCCGCUUACUAGAUGGGCCCCUGAAACUGCCGUCGUGAAGACGACCAGGAGCAACACCGGUGUGAGCGGCUCAGGGCUGUCGAGAGGUGUGCGCCGCUUUCUACCCAGUGUCUGAUGUUAACAGCCACUGUGCCAACUCGCGUCUUAUGCAUCUUUCAUUUCCACCCCUGGAUCAUAUAGCUCUUACGACUCCCCUCUGGACGGCCAAUGAAGGCAAGCCAGAGCUGAGAGUCAUGCGGGUCCCCUUGGGGUCCACUCCGACCGACGAAGACACGCCGGAGACGGAGACCCUGACCGACUCUCUGGAGCACUCGGGUCCGUGGGGUCGUCACUCCCCAACAGCUCGCCACAAGCUGCCCUAACAAGAUUUUGUUAUUGUUAAAUAUAUCUGUAUUAGUUUUCGUUAUAAACGUUUUAUAUCUAAAACGCUUACACGAAAACUUAUGCGUCGGUUCUCGAUAGCGAUUGUAUUACCUUAGCAGAAUAGAAAGUUAUAAUAAUAACCAUUUGUAAGUAUGGAAAGAAUACCGGCAUUCGGUCCUUAGUCUUGAGAAUUCAUAACCUAUAAACAUUUAAUUAUAAAUAGCGUGUCCUCAGAGACAUAAUCAAGAAACGCAAAGCUGUACAAAAAGUUGCUUUAUUCAGUUCUCAAUAUUAAAAUUCUAGAUUCUAAGUAUUAUUUUUUUAAGUACCUAGUCACAAGUAGUUUCGAAAAGUAUUAAUUCAUUAUCAAAGCAGUUUAUUAAUGCAAUUAAUGUUCUUACAUAUGAGUGUAUAUUCUCUAUUGGUUUCCACUGACGCAUGUCUGGUUAGACUAGUAGCAGCGACGGUCCUGCCGUUUCUAGUCCGCGCGUUCCGAGUACCGCGGAACGCGACCCAAUACUCACUAGGGGUUUUGUUUGACAGUAUUCGCGGCGAGCCGCGGUUCACUUUUUAUUUCUAUUUCUAUUGUUGGGUCGAUCGAUUUUUUGUUUUAGGUAUAUACAGCCCAGUGAGCUAGGAAGCAAAAUAUAAAAAUAAAAAAGUUUUGUGGAUGACACAGGCGCCAUCAAAACGCGCAAACGUGCUCAAUAAUGUGACACGUUGCUUUGGAAAAGUCAUGUUCAAAUGUUUCUAAGCACUUUGUCCGUCCAGUAUUAUUGCUUACUGUAACAUUCUGAGGAAAAAACUUACAAAGAAAACUUUUCAAUAGUUACCCAGGAGACAUCACAAUAGGUAUGGUCAAAAAAUCGAUUGACCCAAUGUUUUACGCGGUACCUCUGGUACAUUUUGAGUGAUGUAUAAUGAAUUUAUUUAUUUACGUUUUUAUGAUUUAGUAUUGACCGGAACCAAAGGCUAUGUUGUUAGAGCGGUAGUCGUUAGUGCGCGUUACACGUGCCGGUGUGCCGUGCGUCGCGCACGAGUGAUGCUUUAUGUAGUUGUUAGUGUAUUAUAAAAUUAAUAAUAUUAAUUAUAAAUCUCUGUACGUGUUGCCCGUCUAACGACAUGUUUAUAACUAAUUUCGUGUUCAUUUCGGUCGCCCUCCGGGCUUUUAUAAUGCCACAGUUCCUUGUACUAGAUUAAAGAUCUGUUAUUUUGAUUUUGUGUACGUUUUUUUAAUUGUGGUGUUUAUAGGAGGGCUUCGUUCGGUGGAUUUAUUUAUUGUAAUAGCUCGUGCAAGCUAAUUUAAUAGCAUGAGUUCGCGGGACUUUAGACCUUGUGUGUACAUACGCAAGGCGGCCGCGAGGCUUUCCAUGUCCACUGUGUAAUCGCGUAUGUAUGUAUCGUGUUUGGGCGUUUCUCUGUUAUAGCGUAAGUGAUGUGAGUGCUGAUUUAUUUUUGAUGUGAAUCGUACUAACUGUAGAGUAAGGAAGCCGCGGCAACCGAUACGAGGCGAGAUGUGAGCGGUUCAAUAAGGAACGCACAAAUGUGAUCGCAUAUUUGUUAAUGUAAGGUCUUAUGUCAAAGAGAUUAGGGUUAUAUUUGAAUGGCACGCGCCAUUGCUAUGAUACAUUGAUUUAUUAUUCGUGUCAAUGAUACUAUAUUUGAAACAGAUUUUAUAUAAAAUCUUGUACAAAUAUUAGUACAUGGCUGCCUGUGCCUAUUGAUUGUAUUAGGCCUAUGAAUGCUUUUAUCGCGCGAUAAACAUAAUAUAAUGCAUUUUUACCGUUUUGGCACUACUUGGUAGGAAGAGACUGAUGCUUUAUCAUAUCUUUAUCACGUGAUCGUGGCCACCGUAACUAUUGUAAUUGUAUGAAUUUGCAAGUAUUAUCCGUCUAUGAUAAGUGAACCGUCAAAUUUUGCAUCUCGCUUCCUUUUGGUGCGUCACGGCAGCGAAUUUUUGAUAGCACGCUCUUUCACGUAAUUGGUUUUUUAGAAAACACUGUCGGUAUGCGGCAAUGAAACAGGACUAUGAAAAUAUGUGUAUAGAAAUUGUCAUACUUAAUGAAAGCGGCUUGAAUCAAACUUUUGACACGGUUGUUCCAUGACGUUACCCAAGGGACAACAUUAAAUUCUUAAAUAAUAACAAACAAUAGUUUAUAUUGUUGUGAUGCACAAUAAACAAUAGUAUUUUAUUUUAUUUAAAUACAUAAUACACAAAUGGUAAUCUUAACAUACGUUAUGCACUACCUAAUCUAUUUAAUUUAUUAUAAUAACGACGACCUAUUUAAAUCUACAUUCAUACCGACCGUGAAUUUUGGCGAACCAGUCCGUGAGAGCGUCCUACAUCGGAUACGAUUUAUCGGACACGCGGGCUCUGCUCGACCGUGUCGUGUAACUAGUCAGUUAAGCGUAAGAGCGCUCGCGCCGCGCCCGAUCCGAACCUGACACGGUGCGAACCGGAUUAGUCUUGGUAUGUUUCCAGGUCGGCGAAGUUGUUGUCAUUAUCAAAUCAGAACACACGAAAAACAUAGCUAAUAUCAGAUGUUACAUAUUCUUUUAUGAGUUUAUCUAGUUUUUUUUUUAGUUUUUUUAUGCUGUGAGCUAGGGGACAUUGACAUAAUUUCUUUAGAUAUAAAUGUUUUCAUAAUAGGUACGUACACCCCAAAAUCAUGAAAUUUGGCUUACUUAUUAUAGUUGCUUCGACAACAAUGCAAUUUGAUAUAAACGCCGUUUAAGAAGUGUAACACUCUUACGGUAGAUGUCGCUAGGGUCCCCUAGACCCAUAUAGUGGGAAGUUGUUGUCAUUAUCAAAUCAGAACACACGAAAAACAUAACUAAUAUCAGAUGUUACAUAUUCUUUUAUGAGUUUAUCUAGUUUUUUUUUUUAGUUUUUUUAUGCUGUGAGCUAGGGGACAUUGACAUAAUUUCUUUAGAUAUAAAUGUUUUCAUAAUAGGUAUGUACACCCCAAAAUCAUGAAAUUUGGCUUACUUAUUAUAGUUGCUUCGACAACAAUGCAAUUUGAUAUAAACGCCGUUUAAGAAGUGUAACACUCUUACGGUAGAUGUCGCUAGGGUCCCCUAGACCCAUAUAGUGGGAAGAUUUGCUGACUAUGGAUGAGGUCUUGGUGGCUCAGUUGGCAGAGCGCUGGAGUAUCGAUCCAGAGGCCGUGAGUUCAAGUCUCACCCAAGGCAGUAAUUUUUCCACUUUUAAAUUUAUUCUAAGCUUAAUAGCAUCGAUCGCAGACGUUUCUGCUUGUUAAAAAUUAAGUUUGAUAUAUUUAUAAAAACAAAGUUGUAAAAAGUUACUCAGGCGACGUAUCAAUAGUUACAAAUUACAAAAGUGAUUUAUCUAAUUGGAAAUUUAAAACGGGUAGUGCAAUAUUAGCGGCUUAUUACUUGUAUGAGUUGUAUAUAUUUUGAACACACACAAUCAGUCCUCUAUUUUUCGAUUCGUCAUUAGUCGGGUUGAGAUUGGGCGCGGUGCGUGCGGUGUAAGAGUGCGCAGCGGCGCCGCGGGUGGACUCGGUGACAUGUACCAGUGCGUACGAGAACGCUGGACUCGGAAUAUACAAAUAAAAAGAACGUUCAAAAUCCCGUUUGACGACAUGUUAACUCUGAACCAAUUUUGACAGAAAACAGAGUGGAAAUGUUAAUAUAAACGUCCAAUUUUCAUUAAAAAAAAUACUUUUAUGAUGACACUUCAAGAAUUUGUGAUUGCGAAGGUUGAAUCGGUAAACUGGAGUUACUUUGAAUCGCGGGGAAAUAUUGAUCAUCUAUUUGAAACUAUAAGGAAUUAGUUUCUGAACACUUUCAUCAUGUAUUUCUGUUAAGAUUGUCAACUACAUCAUAAAUUUCUCAAAAAUCGAUGUUUAAUAAACAUUAAACCCCCGCGAUUCAAACUGUUCACUGUUCUAUUGUUUCAUUUGAUGAACUGAGUAUGCCUGAAGUGAAGUUUAACCCCUCUCGUCGCCAGCGUUAUCGCGUCGGCAGAAAAGUUAUCACUAAGUCUACGGACGCGAUAUCACAAAUGCGUGAAAAAUCAUAAACCUGGGGCUCAAAGGUUUUUGACAUUUCAAAGCCCAACUCGAGGGGUUAACAUAGUUUUUAUAAAUGCAACACUUAUGUCGUCUUGGAGGACAGUAGUGCAGCAUUUUGAAUAUAAUAAUUAUGUUUACAAGUAGUAUUCAGAGUCCGGUCUCUCACCGCCGACACCUCCGCCCCGCCACCGCGCGAGUAUCCGCGACCCGUUUGUUAUUGAGAGUUUAAACAUUUUUGAACAUAUGUUUUUUAAUCAUUUUUCUAAGAGAAUUUUACACGUGUUUUAAUUUUUUGCGAUUCUAAAAGUUUAUUUAAAAGAGGAAUAUAUGAUAAUAGUUUGUAAUUAUACUAAUUAUAGUGUUUCGACUCGUCUGAGUUCGCUUCUCCCUUCCCAUACUUCGGGUUUAAGAAUCUCUAGAAUUCUAUUUCUUCCGAUCUCUACGUCUGUCGUAGAUGUACAGUAAAAUCAUAGACAGAUAAAUAAUAAAGAAUAUCCUUACAUAGUCGAUUUAUUUUUUAUUGAUGAUGGCGUCACAUAGUGAGGUUGUAUGGUGCUGUUAUUCUUGCUAAACGUCGUAGCACCAUCUAGUAAGUUAUCUGAAACUUAUUAUAUUUACCAUCUAUGAAUUGCUUAAUACACUUCAACACAACAUGUCAUAAUGAGGGAUUUAGAGUGAGCGUACAGUCAACUCUAUGGCAACUGUGUAGCGACACAAUUUUCCAUAGCGCUGACGCCGACGCUCAAAAGACCCUAGUGUGGGGUCUUGAAAUACAUGCGGUAUAUGAAACUGAGCCACUUAAUGACGCCAUCUACAACAAUUAAGAACAUGUUUACGACCACAGAUUUAAUAUAUACGCUAGAUGACGCAAAUAUCGCGAUUUGUAUUGUUACCAAGCGUACCGACUUUUUCAUACAAAAUUUACGCAUAACAUAAUUUUAAAAUUAGAAUCAGAAUCAGAAAAACAUUUAUUGCCACAAAAAAAAUACCUUAAGAACUAAGUACAAAUAUAAAUCUUAAAUACUAAAAAUAGGUACAAUUUAAUUAGAAAUUUAAAACAUUUAAUAUUAAAGAUUGGGCAAUGGGCUCCAAUCUCAGCAUAUGCGAAGCACUCCAAGUAGAGGGCCUGGCGCUGGUUUUACUUACCUGUGAUAGGAAAUAUGUCCUUGCCUUUGGGUGCUCGCGAUUUUUGGGCUGUUGCAGUUAUUUAUCACGCAACGAGGCAUUUUUUAAGCUUUCACGGACGUCCGGCUGCAACAAUUGACGCGCGUGGACUGUCAACAGCGACGGUCAACCUCGACGCUUGGUCGGGGUUCGGACGCGAAGUAGAUGCAUUUGCGUCAUCUAUGGUAUAUUUAUAUCUGUGUAUACGACACUCUUUAUUAUUUAUCUCUCUCAUGGAUGCAAUUUACGCUUGUUAAUAAAUAGUAUAUGGAGAAGCCGUCACCGUUUGUGCCAAAUGUCCUCGACCACGUACAAAUCUCGGUUGACUCGACCGUUUCGUAGCGCAUCGUAGCAGGUCGGCGGGGCGCACUUUAUUUUAUAAGUAUACAUAUAAGUUCACAGGUCACUAGGGAGUUAGUGGUUUAAAUGCGUACCCUGUCAGAGAAUUUUUUAAAUUAAGAUUCGCUGAAGUUAUAGGAGAGGGAACUUUCUAAUUAAUGUGGUAGAUAAACCAUUUUUAAAAUUCGUGCCCCUCAUUGAAGCAACUAGGAAUUUAUUGUUGUUAUUUUGUCCCGUCAGCCAGGCGACAUUAGUAGCACAGUUUUUAGAACUACUCGUACAGUAGGUAUACAUUUUUUCACCUUAUGGCAAUGGAUUAAGGUGAAGAAAUGUUUACAUAUUUAUGAACUUGGCUGUAUCGCGUCAUAUCGUCAUGUAACUGACCCACUGUGGAAACCAAAAUGAAUGUUUGGUUUGAAUAGUGAGCCAGGCGACCGUAACCAUGGUGACGUGACAAAAAAAAUUGUUCACCCAGCUACUAAAGUAACCUUUAUACGUACACGUGGACACAGUAUCCACUAUUACUGUUCACGUGCGUUGCGUGUAAAUGCUUAUGUGAGUGUAGAUGAUUUAAAGAGGGAAUAGGGGUGCGCAUUUUGUUUUAGAUGGUUUCUCUAUAGAAAGUUGAUUUUAUAAUUAUCGAAGUACAGUCGAAGGUAAAAAUAUCGAUCCAGACAAAUGGCUCAAAAAUAUGUGAACACGACUUUAUUGUCUAAGGUGCAAGAGAGUGCACAUAUUUUUGAAACUUUGGGAAUGUAUAUAUAUUUAUACCCCUGUACGUUCAACUGAUACAAUCAGUCUAAUGAAAUGUUUCUAGCUAAAUAUGUUUCAGUUGUAUUUGUUGUUGACUGAACGCUAAAUAUAACAUUUAAAACUUUCGCGGUUUAAACACAUAUUAAAUCACAUUUAGAAACGGGUCUAUCGCGAAUUUAUUUUGUUACCUUUAUUUACCGACGUUUCGACACAGGUUUAGCCGCGACCACGACCAGUGAAACCUGUGUCGAAACGUCGGUAAAUAAAGGUAACAAAAUAAAUUCGCGAUAGACCCGUUUCUAAAUGUGAUUUAAUAUGUGAACGCUAAAUGUUUUGUUCAUUUGAUCUUAAUCAAAAUACAUAUUUAGUAUAAUUGUUAGAUUAUUAAUUUGUUAUGUUAGUACAAUACUUUAGUAUCGAAUUUGUAGCUCGUUAUAUAUUAUAUGUAUGUUAUCGUAAAACUAUUUAAAAUGUCAUAUAAUGUACAAUGAAAUGUGUUGUUUCCAUGACAGGGUAUGAUUCUGAGGAUUUAAGUGCAAUAAGUGUACACCUAGUCACAUUUCAUACGUAACCUCGCAAACGUAGGUAUUACCACGCAUAUUCUAUUAUAUUUUUUUACAUAGAGGAAGGUUUGGUGACAUUUUAUUAUUUUACAUAAAAAAAAUGUGCCAUUUUCAACCAAAAGGGUACUUAUUGUCGCUUGUCACAAAUGUUGAACAAUUUAAUACUAAAACUCAGAUAAUAAUAUGAGUCAAAUAAAGUCAAAGAUUUUGAAACAAAAUUAUUAUAAUGUUAAUUAUAUAUGAAUAUAUUCUAUAAAUAAGUUACUAUUGAUUAUUUUAUGAUCAUGGUAAUCAAAUAAUAGGGGAAAAAAUAUAUAAAAUUGACGAUUCGAAUAUUUUUAAUAGUUAUAUAAUGUUAAAACAAUAUAUAAAAUUUCACUAGGUACAUAUACAUAUUUAAUUAUUUAUAUGCAUUGAAGCAGAUGAUUUUAUUGUGAAGUAUUAUAUAUCGAAAAGGCCCUGUGCGUAUAUUGCCUAAUAGAUUCAUACCUAAAGGAGUUCAGCUUUUUUGGAAAUUUACACAAAUGGGCUUAUGAUUUUGUGUAAUGUCACCGCACCUUUCUCGCAAUAUCAUUUGUUAUAAAUUACUUAUUAGCAGUGACACAUAGUCAUAUGUACACUAUAGUUUCCGCCCCGCCGAGCGCGUCGAUGCCAUGUAUUAGUGCGCCGUAACCUUACAUAUCACGCUGUUUCCUUUACAUAUUAUAUAUGUAUUGUCCUGUGUCAAACAUAGAGCAUUGUUUUAUGUACUUCGUCGGCAGGCGGAUAUAGUUUAAUCAUCACAAAGAUUGCUGCCUUCAUAUAUAUGUGCCCUAUAUUUUUCGGGUUGACGGGAUCCAGAACAUUUUGUAAGCGUCAGGCGAUCGUCAGACUGUUUCAAAAAUUUUCCUGAGACAUACGCAGCAUAAUAAUAAUUUAUAUAAUUUACAUUUGGAAGAAGAGGGUUAAUGUUUUAAAAGGUACUUAAUUUUUGAUGUCUCUCAUCGGGCUAGGUGCAAUAUUCCUUCCAUUGAGAUAGGUCUACCAAUAACGUUAUCAUUAUGAUGCUCGAGGCGCCCUGUCUCGGCCACAAAAAAAAAACGCUUCGAUCGAUAUCGCUUGAUGCUCACGCUGACAGCGCCGACCGUCAUAUAGUCGUUCGAUUUGUAGCUGGCCCCAAACGGCUAAUCCUUUGUCUAUUGUUAAGUAAAACGUGCCACCUGCAAAAAAAGGGUCGUGUAAUUCUAACUGGCACCUGAGCGCGGGCUAGUUCAACGCACAACAAACCAGUGUAGGUGCGCUCUCCGAUAACGUGCCUUUGUUAUAGUUAACGCUAUCUCUACUGAGCUCGUUCACUUACCUGUACUAACAAUGGCAUUCUGUUAAACAAAAGCCAUUAUUUCUUUUGUAUGAGCGCGUGGCCUUUGUGCCUGAGGCUCACACACAAUUGGCCACGCGCUCAUACAAAAGAAAUAAUGGCUUUUGUUUAACAGAAUGCCAUUGUUAGUACAGGUAAGUGAACGAACUCAGUAGAGAUAGCGUUAACUAUACGCAUCUCGAUGACACAUUUUAGACUGGUUCUGUAGCGUUCGACUCGCUGGCACUCAGUAACCGUACAGGGACGUGACCGCUACUUAACACUAAACAAAGGAUAAGCCGUUCGGGGCCAGCUACAAAUCGAACGACUAUAUCACAUGACAUACAGAAUUUUGGGUUGAUUCUAUUGUUUGUAAAAAUUGACAUGUAAAAGUGCCCCUGUUGCCUAUUUACUGAAUAAAUGUUUGAUGUUUGACAAUCAACGCUAUCAGCUUCAGCGAUAAGCGAAUUCGCUCUGAAGUUCAAAGCGUUCAAAAGUUUGAACGUUUUUUCGUAGCCGAGCCAUAAGGGAGACCUAGCACUAGUUACGCGCACAAAUCGUUAACCGCCUGCCGGCGAAGCGAUCAUUUACUCGUUUUAAACGCUUAUACAAAAGUAUAUUUUACGCUUCCCAGAGGUGUUAAAGCCAAAGAAAAUGUAUUUUUAUUGUACAAAGCGGCUGUAAGCCUUUAUUUUGUUAUGUUUUUAGUUAAUUUCUUGCCAGUGUAGUCAAGCACGGGUACGACGGCGGGUACCGGUGACGUAGAGAUUAAUAUACCUACAGAGAUUAUUAGUGUAUAGUUUACCAGUGAGGUUGUGCCGUUGGCACACCAGUCAGGGGUUAUUAUCAGGGAGGUAGAAUUGGUUGCAACACGUAAAUAAUCCGUUGCAAGAUGAUAGUAUUUAACUUAUGUAAGUGUCUUCCCUCAUAUAUCGACGCCGAAUUGGCAAAAGCUGAUAGAAAUUUGGCAAAAAUUUCAUUUUUGGUACAAGCUUUUAUCGUUGACUGCACUCUUCUUUCCACGAACAACUAAUACUCAUCGAGACAAUUCUAAAAACCCCAAACACAAUUAGGUUGCGUUGUUUUAUCACAGAGUUCCUAUGAUCACCUCCUGUCUCCAUCGUCAGAUCAGCUCGAUGGUACCAUAAUAUUGCAUUGUCACCCGAUUUACAUAUGUAUGCAAAUUUUCAGCUUCAACGGAAACCGGGAAGUGGGUCAAAUUUAACUUGCAAGAUUUGACCCUUACAAACAUGUUACAUACAUAUUACAUACGUACUUACAUAGGUACAUUGCAAGUUAAAAAAAAGCUUGUAAAAAAGCCUUAUGUCUGCGUAAUAAGAGCGAAAAAGACGUCGUUGCGUCGGAAUACCUAUGUGGGAAGACCCUAAACUGACGAAUCCUUGCGCAUGAAAACAGUUGUGUUUUCAUCGGAGAAUUUCUUUUCAGGUCGCGUAGCCAACAUGCCAAUAUGAUGCCAAUCGCUUACGCUCCGUAGCGAUCGAAACGCAACUGUCGCUGUCGUGCUAAUACGGAAGAGUGAUAGAGAUACACAAAGUGUUUCGUUGUCGAAGCGAUAGCGAUUGUCACCUUGGCUAGGCCGGCAGUCUCGUGUCUCAUCGGUUCUGUGUAUGGCAACUUAUAGAUAAAUCUUAAUUCUAGAAGUAACUUGCUAACGCCAUCUAGUAAUCUGCAAACGAGAUAGCGUUGUGCUGUUGUUUAAAGGCGUGAGACUUCUAAAGUGGUGCCAUCUAUAUUAUUAUUGAGGCAAGCAACUUAUAUCUCUACCUGAUAUCUCUACCUACCUGAUAGUAAUCUUUCAGUCGGUGCUUUGAUCCUAGUCGAGUUCUGAGCAUGAUAUAAAGGUCACCGGCCCGCCGCCGCUAGUAAAAUGUUAUGUAUAGUGAAAAUGAUGUGAGCGGCACGAGGGAAACGAUCGAUUAAGCUUGCUUAAAUAACCCAUUUUGAUUGUUAGAUCGACUCACAUAGAUAAGUUGAAUGUUAAAAUUGUUUGUUGGUAUCCGUAGAACAGCGCGCCUCAGACGUCAUGGGCGGCGGCUGCGGCGCGCCUUACCCUUACAAUAAUGAGGCCUAGAGGGUGAGUCCGUACAUUCAUUGUGACGACACUAAAAGUACUAGAACCGAGCUGUAUAGCAUGUUGCCUUAAGUCGACCAUGAAUCUAAAAUAACUGGAUCGGGCAUGAGGGGUGGAGGGAAAUGAACAAGCACUGUUAUUGUUUUUCCUUGUCACAGUCUCACAUUUUUUUAUUCCACACCGUAAAUCUAGUAUGGUUUAUGGUGGGCUAUAAAUCUUCUCUACCAAUCAUAUUGUCGCAUUGCGUAUGUUUUGUCCGUCACGGGCGCACGCGUAUUGCUGAUCCAUGUAAUGCUAGGUCUAUGUAGUCGAGAGAGGUGUUUUGGCUUCAUGAAGGAACUAGGUUUCUAGGCCUUAAUAUUAUAAGACCGUACCUAUAUUUGUUGUUGGUUCACUGAUCACUAUUAGGUCACAUAGCUGAGUAAAUUAAUGCAUAUAAUAUAGUUUUAUGGUGAGAUAAAUAUGUAUAUGUAACCUACCUACAUGUCUAUUAAAUCAAUGAAAAAAUAGAUUAUAAAAA